AUGGCGAACACCAGCGCUCGCGUCCCCCAGCGUCCAAGACGAUCCCGCAACGGCUGCGAAGAAUGUCGCAGGCGGCAUUGGAAAUGUAACGAAGAGAAACCAAUCUGUUCCUACUGCAAGAGCGUUGGGCGCGAAUGCAUCUAUUCCCGAAAGAUCUCAUGGGGCGGUCGACCGUUCAAUAAAUCACGUUUUGGGAAAUGCUUCGACUCGGCCAGUAGAGUGGUCACCGUCAGCUUCUCCAACAACAACUCACCACCAGCCAAGCGAACCGAGUUUGUCUAUACUUGUUCUUCUCCAGAAGCGAGACAUGGACAAAGAAAUGACAACACCACCAGUCAAAGUCCGAGUUCUUUGAACGCAACCCGUAGCUCUCCAGCUCCGUCCUCGUCGCAAUCACCCAGACCUGAUGAAGCCGACGUAGGGAGUCGGAAUGCGACGAGGGCCACGAAGUCAGCAAGUUCCGAUUCAUGCCAUGACAUUGAACAGCCCCUCAGCAUAGUGCAGUCACUGCCACAGGAGUCGAAGCCACUGUUUGACUAUUUUAUCAACAGAAUGACAAUAUCGAUAUCUUGUCACAAAGGUAUUCAAGAUGACCUCUGUUCGACCGUUGUCCCUAUGGCGCUCCAGGUACCACAUCUGCUGUCUGCUGUCCUCGCUUUGGCUUCUGCACAUAGGCAAUCUUGCGGUCUUGUUCAAGGUGAUGGACAAUUCGACUUAAUGAGAGGCAAGACCUUGAAACAGCUGAGAUCUGCCUUGGACAUCUUCAAACCUACCGAGAAUGAUGAAAUACUCGCAACCACCCUCAUAUUAUGCAUGGCCGAGGUAGUAUCGCCCUAUUCCGGCACGACUUCCUGGAGAUCGCACCUACAGGGUGCUGCCGUAUUGUCUGCACGUCAGGGUUCUGGCCAGAGUUCGAGCGCGACAUUUCUUAGACGAAAAUUUCAAGCACUCCAGGCUAUGGCAUUGGUAUGCGGGACGAAAAGAUACGAAGGUCACGUCCAGCCGCCCUCCUUAAGCGAGACAGAUGGUCGCAUUGAUGAUCUUGCUGGAUAUUCCACGAAACUGCUACCAAUUUUCCAGAGCAUACACGAUCUCGGAAUGCUGCAACCGGGAGAUGGCUCUCUUUUUAGUUGCGACUCUCCUCCUGGAUUGCCACACUGGGGCUGUAGCUCACAAUUAGAACACCAGUCCCAUCUACUAUUCGAUCGUGUCCGUGAGCUGAUGUUGGAACGAGAACAAUCCCGAUCUUCAGAUCUUUCGAGUAUCCCCCAGGCCAUCCGCCACGACCUUUGGCUGCUGGAUGAAGCAUACCAUCACAUGGCCAUCCUUCAAAUUUUUCAAAGAGGAUCACUGUCCGUACCUCACCAAUUCUUGGAAGACAGCCGAAGUGCAAUUCUAAAUUGCCUCGGGCGAAUGUCCUAUCACUCGACGCCUUGUCCUGGAGUAGCCGUUCUACCUCCGCUGUUUGUCGCGGGUGCCUUGUGCACGAGCACAGCGGACCAGAACCAAGUUCUCAGUCUCUUAAGGACACUCUGGGUGAAUUAUGGAAUGGCGAAUGUGCGGUCCUGCCGCAGUAUCUUGGAAAGCAGAUGGAAGAGACAGGGUCAGACUCUCGGCUCGACAGUCGAAUUGACUGGACCAGCGUGGCAAGAUGACGAGCAUGACGUCCUGCCCUACUGA